AUGGCCGACCAUACAACAGAAGCAUUUCCGAGACCACAAUUCCACCGCGAGGCCUCAUUCCGGCAGCUGGAACAGCUGCCAGCUCGCGGGGGUGCAGACUCCGUACCACCUGCGAGCCCUGCUGGCGAUAUGCGCAUGCUCCGGCGUCCAUCCCGGUGUAUGAGCACGAGUUCAGAUUACUUCUCUUCCGAUACUCAGGAUAGGAUUUUCCCAAUUGCUUCUGUAGUGAGGGUAGAUUCUAGGGCUAGCCUCAGGAGCCUUGGACAAAACGUCUCAGAUGAGAACCAGCCAUCUCCUUCUCCCUUUCAGCGCCGGUUCUCGUACGCCUCCUCGACAUCGACAUCCCAAAACCCCCCGGGUACUCUGGAUACCACUUCUCACAAUCCCAAAUCCACUCCCAUCUCAAAUCCUGCUACCUCCAGCCUUGCCAGCUCUUCCCACGAUGUUCCUCUCGGCAGUACGCCUGCGACCUCCUGGGCGACCAAUUCGGCGGCCGAUACCAGCACUGGAUCGCAAUCGCCUUCUGCUGCUUCCCUUCCGAUACACAUCCAAGUGCCCGGAACCACAGUUUCUUCCAAGAUGAUCGAUAUAUCGAAACCAUUCUCGUCGCCUACGCUUGAGGGCCGCGAAUAUGAUGGAUUUCCUAUGACGAAUCUUUUUGAUCACAUCGUUACCGACAGUGGCCAUGCCAUCAGGACCGGACGCGAGAAGGGGUUACUCCGUUGUGAGGAUGAGCCUAUCCAAGCUCCCGGUGCCGUCCAAGCCUUCGGUGUCCUUGUCGCUUUCAAAGAAGAGGAAGAAGGUCGCCUCGUAGUGCGCCUAGUGAGUGAGAACUCGGAGCGCUUAAUGGGUUACAGUCCACAACAACUUUUCCAGCUCGAAAAUUUCCUGGAUAUCUUCAGCGAAGACCAACAGGAGAGUCUUCUUGCUCAUGUUGAAUUUGUUCGCGACGAAUCUACCGACCUCACACUCAGCGGACCCGAGAUUUUCACUAUUUGGGUAAAGCACCCCGGGGGCAACUCUGUGAAGUUUUGGUGUGCGAUCCAUAUGAACCCCACCGAACCUGACCUUGUCAUCUGCGAAUUCGAGAGAGAAAAUGACCCCGAUUACCCUCUUCGCCCUGCCGAUAUUACCCCACCUCCAGAACCCCGGAAUAUGCUCUUCAACGAAUAUACCCUGGAGGAGCUGAAAGAGAGCACCGAGGUGUUGAGUAAGCCUCUUCGUCUUCCUCAGCGGCUUCGUGCUGGCCGUGGCGACUCCUGUGGCCUCCAAGUCUUCGAUCUCAUGACGCAAAUUCAGGACCAAUUAGCAGACGCGACGAACUUGAAGACGUUUCUCAAAGUCCUUGUAGGUGUUGUCAAGGAGCUCACUGGCUAUCACCGCGUGGUAGUAUAUCAGUUUGAUGCCUCACAAAACGGCAAAGUUGUAGCCGAGCUCGUCGAUCCAGCCCAUACGACUGACCUCUUCUACGGAUUACACUUCCCCGCGACAGAUAUUCCAAAGCAAGCGCGUGAGCUCUACAAGAUUAGCAAAACUCGUCUCAUUUAUGACCGCGAUUUAGAAGCCGCACGGCUAGUCGGCCGUACCGUCGACGACCUCAAGGUUCCCUUGGACAUGACGUAUUGUUACCUCAGAGCCAUGUCGCCCAUCCACCUAAAAUACCUCGCCAACAUGUCCGUCCGCGCAUCCAUGUCUAUAUCGCUCAAGGUGUUUGGCGACCUAUGGGGUCUCAUCUCCUGCCAUUGGUUUGGGAAUCACGGCAUGCGAAAUCCCUUUCCCAUAAGGAAAAUGUGCAGGCUUAUCAGCAAUAUCGCCUCGAGGAACAUUGAGCGGCUGUCUUACGCUUCUUCUCUACAAGCCCAAAAGCUUAUAAAUACGCACCUGGUCGGCCGGAAUCCUUCUGGUUAUAUCGCAGCUUCGUCGGAGGAUCUCUUGCAGCUAUUUGACGCCGACUUUGGAGUGGUAUCAAUUCUCGGGGAGACACAGGCGCUUGGGAAGAUCUCACAGUCUCAGGAAGCGCUCGCUCUGUUGGAAUACUUGCGUAUGCGCAAGUUCUCGGACGUUAUCACCUCAGAUGAUAUCGUGAGGGACUUCCAGGAUCUACAUUACACUCCGGGUUUCUCGGUAAUUUCUGGGCUCUUGUAUGUGCCCUUGAGCGAUGACGGCGACGGAUUUAUUGUCCUCUUCAGGAGAGGAGAAGCACAGGAAGUCAAGUGGGGCGGAAACCCCUUUGAGAAGGGUGUUGGGGCGGAUGGUGCACCAGGGCUAGAGCCGCGAUCGAGCUUCAAGCUAUGGCGUGAGACUGUACUCGGGAGAAGCCGAGAGUGGACGAGCGAUCAACUGGAGUUGGCGCGUGUGCUCUGUGUUGUCUAUGGCAAGUUCAUACAAGUAUGGCGACAGCAGGAAGCCACAUUGCAGAGCAACCGACUUACCAAGCUGCUCCUGGCGAAUUCCGCUCAUCAAGUCCGAACACCGUUGAAUGCUAUAAUCAACUAUCUCGAAAUAGCCCUCGAAGGUACCCUUGACAAAGAAACGAGAGACAACCUAGCGCAGUCUCAUUCGGCUUCAAAGUCCCUCGUCUAUGUGAUCAACGAUUUGCUGGACCUGACCAAGGCCGAAGAGGGCCAAGUUUUGGCAAAGGAGGAGAUUUUUGACCUUCAUGAGUGCAUCCGCCUUGCGAUUGAUUCGUUCGCGAUCGAUGCGAAGAGAAAGAAGCUUGAAUUCUUUGUUGAAGAGGACCCAUCCUUACCCCGGCAGGUGUACGGAGACAAAUCGCAGUUGAGACAGGCCGUAUCGAACCUCAUCGCAAACGCUAUUCAAUAUACUGAUUCUGGAUUCGUACGGGUCGAGUCAUACGUCUCUGAGUCGCGCGAUGGACGAGUGCGUAUCGAGAUCGCCGUGCGGGAUUCUGGCGUGGGAAUGUGCUCCGAGGAAAUAGACGGCUUGUUCCACGACCUCGAGCAGGUCAACAACGAAAGGACCGCGAAGAAAGGCUCUGGGAAGGAGGAUGCGGAUACCAAGACUCACAAAUUGGGCCUAGGUUUGGCGGUAGUUGGCCGUAUCGUCCGAAACAUGAACGGUCAGCUCCGUGUGCGGUCGACAGCUGGCCAAGGGUCAUGUUUCGUGUUGCAGUUACCGUUCGACACACCCAAAGAGGAAGAUGAUGGUGACGGCCUUAGCGGAAGGAUGGUGGACACCAUUAAUAAUCUUACAGCCUUGGCGAUUCAACCAGGGGAACAAAAACCGAAUGAUCUGGCGCCCGUGUCGAGAAGAACUCCGAGUUAUGUGGAUGUGGGCGAGGAAAUGACUCUCGUUGGAAGAGACCGAAGGCCGUCGUUGCCCUAUAUCAAGGGGGGUCCCGAGGUCACCUCAGGCAACAACCGAAAGCAUGGAGAGGCCGAGUCCGGAGACCAACUCCUGUUAAGCGCAAGCGAUGACGGGUACAGUGGUGGAUUUGUUAUGCCUGCGCCGCCACCCAUGGACGGCGCCCUGCAAGGACCUGAACCUCCCUGGCGAAAGGCGGAACAGACGCGUAGAAAAAAUUCGGACGGGGAAGUCGAAGCUGCGCCAUCACGGGCGUCGAGCCAUACCAUGUCGUCUUUGGGUAUGGGCGCUACCGGGUGCAGUCUCCAGGUUCUCAUCGCGGAGGAUGACCCUAUCAAUAUAAAGGUACUUCAAAAACGUCUCGAGAAGGCAGGCCACCAGAUUUACCAUGCUGUGAAUGGCGAGGAUUGCGCAGCAGUGUAUCGUUCAGGCUCUCAAGGAUUUGACGUCAUCUUGAUGGACAUGCAGAUGCCCAUCAUGGAUGGUAUGACGAGCACAAGGACGAUACGGCACUGGGAGGGGAAGCCAGAAUACAUGGGACUCUCACAAUUAGCCAGCCGCAAUGGGCAGAUCCCAAUCUUUGCCGUCUCGGCAUCUCUAGUGGAGGAAGAGAGGACGACGUAUAUGGAAGCCGGCUUCGACGGGUGGAUUCCAAAACCUAUCAACUUUGAGCGGCUACAGAUGCUCCUUUCUGGGAUAGCUGAUGAGGAGGCCCGGAGAAGUUGCCUGUACGCACCGGGGCACUGGGAAGGCGGUGGUUGGUUCCGGCCGACGCCGGGCUGGGAGGAAGGGUGUUGA